CUGGGGGCACUUCAUGGUCAAACUCUUGGGUGUAAUCACUUGGCUGAUCGGUAGCCUCUCUGUCAAGUGCUCUUCAUACCCGCAUAAGACUACGCGAGGGAGUACAUCUUCAUACGAUAGCACUGUGGUGGUACCGAUGGUGUUCGCUGUUAAUAUACAGUAACUCUGCACUUGUAAGUAAGAGACGGGAGCGGAUAACAUGGAGAGACCCGAAUCGAUUAUCUUGCCGGCUCGGCGUUCACAGUGGCUGGUCAGUGCCCUGGCGUAUGCUUUUGGCCUUGACCAAGGAAUCGAAAAUGAAGUUGUUGUUCUCGCAACCGGCAUCGAUCAGUACAUUCAAGAGAUCUUCCACCAUUUGGACAUACUUGGAAAAGAUCGAAUACAUCUGUCGGAUUUUAAUAUCUUAAUGGAAGUGAUUGGUUUCAAAAGCUUAAGUCCACUGACAGAAGAGUCUGAAGAGAGUGGCACUGUUGGUGAUCAGUCAAGAGAAUUAUCCUUCAAGGAAUUCCACUCCAAAUUGGUUCAGUGUUUUCUUGGAGAAGAUGGCAACAGCCCGACUGAUGAGAGUUACUCAGUGAAGAGGUGGGACAAUGCAGAUAAGUUUGUUGAGGCAGAGGUUCGCGUGGUGCCGAGGAGUGGGCUCAGCAUCCGCACCAUGUGCACUGAGUGUUUCCAAAAAAGACCACUCACCGAGGUGUAUCAUUCGGUAAUGUACAAACAGGGAAGACUGAACUGCGUUGAUGGCAUGGUCGAGGUGGAUUCUCACAUGAAAAGUGACUUUGAGAACAUUACAUUGACACCAGAUGAUCCUGCGAACACGGGGAACGAUCUGGCAAUGACAAAGUUGCAGCAAGAAAAUGAGGGUCUGAGGGAAAUCAUCGAGGACAUGAGGCAAGCCCUGCAGAGCAGCGACGCCCGCCACCUGGCCCUCCUGGUCUCAUUGCAGAAGUUAAAAACAGCAGCGCGCGAGAACCAAACACCGUUCCCACCGCUGCCACCAAAACUACCCGGACAUUCCUCCAUACGCCCGCAAAACGCAGUCACACUGGCACGGGAACUGAGUCGGCUUCGUGAGGACAGAGACAACCAGCUAGAAGAAGCCAUCUGCUACACACAGUCUCUGGAAGCUGAUCUCUGGCAAUCGAAGAAGAACCAGACCCAUCUUGAGCAGAGUAAGUCGUUCCUGCUCGGCAAGCAGCAGUCUCUGACCCAGCGUCUGUGCUCCGCCAGGGAGACUCUGAGCAGUGGGUUGGAGAGAGUCAGAGAGUUGGAGAAACAAGUGGAAGGAAUCGACAAUCUGCAGAGUAAACUGACGGAGUGGAAGAAUCGCGAACGGGAGAAGACCGAGUGCAGUGCCAAAUCACCCGACGGGUUUCCUCACGAGGACCCGAACGGUUCGUCGGACGUGUCCGGCGGGACGUCGGUAAUAUCCGGUGGGACGUCGGUAAUCUCCGGUGGUUCUCUUGAUGACUCGAGCGGAACUUCGGAGGAUUCCGGAGGUGAUCUUCUCACUGGUAUGGACUCGGGUUGUGUGUCGGACAACGAGAGAGGUUCCCCGACGUCUGCAGGGAGCGAGACGGAUAGUAGUUCUGUUGCCAGUGGAAGCAUAUCGGAUGAAGACUCGGUUUGGCAGGAAGAAGACAACAAGCACAACAACAACAAUAACAACAAUAACAACAACUGCGCAAGCUCGUCGCUGACAGGCGUAUUGAACAACGCUGAUUGGCUGAUCAAGUUGACGCAGGUGCAGAAGCACCUUCUGGAGACGGAGGUUCAGAAAGGCCAGGCAGAGGGACAGUUUAAACAAAUUAAAGCUGAUUUGCUCCACGAGUUGAACACCAAGCUCAAGGAGACGGAGCAGUAUCAGACGGAGAUUCAAUGUCUUGAGACGGAGAGGGUCAGACUGUCCCUGAUUGAAGCUACCGUAGGGGAGGUCAUAUCACUACUCCGGAAACUCAGAAAUCUGAAUCUAUCUCGUCGGUCUGCUGGCAAGAUUCUGAUGGACACACUAGAAGUCUGCCUGAAAGACAACUACAACUCGGAUUCAGAAAACGAAGUGAGGAGCUUCCUGAAUUUCCUGCACAAGCAGCUAAUGCACCACGACCUGCUGAGACUCAAUGGUAUAUCGGUCCGAGGCACCCAAUCAACACCAAACAGCCCUGAGAUGCGGCGUUCGGCAGCGGCCGCUGGUGGCAGUGUGCGACUCAGCACGGACUUCUACCAGUUCAACAGCAGCACAUCCAAGAAGCUGUGUCGUGAGGCCUCCGAGUCCAAUGAUGUGGAAGACAUGGUGUGUAAUGGUAACAUGGAAAGCCCCACUGAAAUCUGA